AGGCGGUGCUCUCGUUAAAUCUGUCCGCCGGAGCACUGACUGCGGCGCCCGGGAGGCUGCAACCGACGUGGCUGAGCUGAGGAGGUGGCGCUCUAAGGCUGAAGGGGCGGGAAGCAUCCCGAGCGGAGACGCAGCUGGAUGGCAGGGGCAGCCCGGAGCUCCCUGGAGUCGCGUGGGGAUUGCACGAGCCUCUCCCGGGGAACGACCGGGAGACAGCGAGGUGGGCGAGCGCUGAGGAAGGUGCAAGGGGAGUUCUGUGCCGGCGGAGCUCAAGUGAGGGGCUGGGGCUCUUCAUCGCAUCGAGAAACGCCACUGGGGUGCUAGAAGUUAGACAGACUCCGCUUCAGCGCCGGAUCAAGCAGCCAGACUGAGGUUGCCCAAGAUGACUGGGAAAAGGCUGUUCCUUCAUGGACCACUCUACUUCUUUCUACUCUCCUUUGCUUGCCAAGCAGUUGGUGGGGCUAGCCCCCUAUGUGAAAAAGAGGUUGAGUCCUGGGGCACCAUAUUCUCCGAGGAACGCCUGGAUGCCUGGAUCUGUUCUCUGGUUGGUUCUGUUGUGGUUGGGCUGAGCGGAGUUCUUCCUUUACUGAUCAUUCCUCUUGAGUCUGGAGCAGCUCUGAAGUCAGAAGAGGGAUCCCAUCGAAUGAAGCAGCUGUUGAGUUUUGCUAUUGGUGGGCUCCUGGGGAAUGUGUUUCUGCACCUGCUCCCUGAAGCCUGGGCCUACACCUGCAGUGCUGCCACAGGAGGAGGACAGAGUUUCCAGCAGCAGAAGCUUUUGGGACUCUGGGUCAUCAUUGGUUUGCUGACCUUUCUGAGUUUGCAGAAGAUGUUCCCAGACCAUGAAAAGCAAGAAGGCUCCAGCUUGGUCAGUGAUUCGGUGGCACCUGCCAAAAGGGUUCCAAAUGGAAAUAGCUUCUCCAUUCAGGAUGGCGCCAGUCCAGUCCACAGAACAAAGAUGGGCAUGGCUCAGAGUAACGGUUCUUCUCACCCAUCUUCACUACCAGCCAAGAAGAUCAAGAUCAGUGGAUACCUCAAUCUUCUGGCCAACACAAUUGAUAACUUCACACAUGGGCUUGCAGUGGCAGCAGCCUUCCUCGUUAGCAGAAAGGUUGGGCUCCUGACCACCAUGGCAAUCCUCCUGCACGAAAUACCCCAUGAGCUGGGAGAUUUUGCUAUCCUCCUUCGUGCUGGGUUUGAUCGCUGGAGUGCAGCCAAGUUGCAGCUUUCCACAGCUCUAGGGGGAGUUCUAGGAGCUUGUUUUGCAAUUUGUUCUCAAUCUCCAAAAGGGACAGGAGAAACCAUCGCUUGGAUUCUUCCAUUUACUUCUGGGGGAUUCUUGUACAUCGCCUUGGUAAAUGUUGUUCCUGAUCUCCUGGAGGAGAAAAAUCCAUGGAACUCGGUGCAGCAAGUUCUCCUGCUGUGCACAGGCAUCACCGUCAUGGUGCUCCUCUCACUCACUGCAGAUUGACUACUGCACAGGCCGCCUUCUGCUGCUUCCCCAAGAUGCCUUCAUUCUGAGUGGUUAUAAAGCAAUAAGGGACACCCAUGGAUUGUGUUUCUUUUCACUGUGUGCCUGUAGCUUCACCUGCUGCUAUAUAUGGCAAAUGAGGAAGGAUGUCACAAACUGGUUCCAAAGGUUUUUUUAGGAAAUAGAGUGUUUUCUAUUUUUUUAAACACUAAAUAAUUUAAAGGAAAGGCAGCCGUGAGAAGAGGAGCUGCUGCUAGGGGAACAGAUGGUGCCUCAACUUGGACUAGACGUGAACUGGAGUUGGGUGGACUAGACAUGGGAGUUGAAGGAAAAGCAAAAUCCACGACAUCUGGAUGAAGACUUAGCCAGCUAGUUCCAUCCUGUGGACCUCAUGGAAGCAAAGUUACAGUGCAGAACUUAUAGGCAAAAGCCCUUCACUGCCUGGUUCUUCAGCCGAUAACUGACUAUCUUGUUGGACUUAGGUCAGCCCUUCUUGGGCGUCUUUGAUGUCAGCUUUUUGUUCUAAUCAGCAGAUACUGACAGUUUCACCAAAGAUCUUGUGUAGUCUGAGGAACAGGCUCAGCUUAAAUUGGGAAGAGUUUCUUCUCUUUUCUGGUCAGAAGGCUCGGAUGCAGGUUCAGUUGCUGUGUCACAUUUCUCAUUUCUUUAGCUCAUUAGGAGCUACUUGAGCAAUAAGCAAAUCCAGUGUUCUCUUAUUGUCGUAGGGUGGGCUUGAGAAAACAUGCUCAUUCCAACUGAGGACAUAGCUGCACUUGCAAAACCAUUGGAAGGAGAAAGCAAACUCAGGGAUUUGCUAGGACACUAACACAAUAAGAGCUGAAAAGGACUGUUAUCAAAAGUAAAUCUGGUUAGUGGGGAAGAAGGAGGAACUCUGAAUUCCUGAUGGUCAUCUACGCUGUGCAUAUUCCAUGCUUUAAAAAAUUACUCUGGGCAGGAUAGCCCAAAUGCUGUGCCAAGCAAGGGGGAUUUCUGCAAUCUGUUUAAGCAAAUGUGCAUAAGUUGCUUAUUUUUUCAAUAUACUGAUUCUACAAGUAGCAAGGAGGGGCACUGAAGCCUCAGCACGACACAAGGAAAUGCUGCUGGGGAAGUGGGAAUACUUAGCCCCACACUUGGGAAAUUGUUGCAGGUACUUUCAGCCUAAAGAGCUAGAGAUUCUCUAGCAGGAGAGGACUGGGACUUUUAAUCUACAGGGAAACUUCCCAAUGGUCUGUGCCCUAGAGGGACACCUGGUGGCCAGGAGCAAGCAGAGCCAGGCCCCAGCAACUCUUCUGGAGCCACUUAGCCUAGACCCCUCAUCAGCAAUGGCAGCAGUGUCCACUCACCAAUAGUCUCCUCCUGCUCUGCUUCUGGUUUAGGGGUUGAGGCAGUUGGUGACCUCAUGCCCAUUGUCAGCCCCACUGAACUGAGUGGCCCCGCAAUGCUGGUUUGUAGCAGAAGGAGGGUGCCUCAGCUUGGUUUGCUUGGUGGCUGGGAAUUUUCCCUUCCCAGCCCACUCCUGUUCCCUGAAUGUGAGUUCUGCACUCUUAUUUGUAUCUGUACAGGGCAGCACCAAUCUCAGUGUUCAUUACAGUUUGGUCUCUGAGAUGGUCUCCUUUGAAUACAUUCAGCAGAUUUUAGUACAUCACAUUAGAAACAACUUACAAAGUUCCUUGAUUCUGGAAAUGGCCAGCCUCUUCAAAGUCUUAUCCCUGUUUCCCAACAGGUGGGCUCAGUUCUUAGUCUUUCUUGAGCUGCACCAGUUUGAAAGACAGCCUCCAUUGUUUGGAUUGAGAAUAGAUGUCAUACAACAAACAGCUGUGCAUUGCAGAGAUACAAUCUUUCACUGGCAAAUAGUUAGGGCUGCUGCUCUGCCCCACUUUCCAUUAACGCUUCUCGAGAACAUCAGUGCAAGAUGUUGCUUCUGUUCCCCACUUCAGUUCUGCUGGACAUUGGUUAUGACCUUGUUUGUAGGAUGUUCGUGAUGUAGGUGUGCCAUCCUGCAGACAUGGAGGUGUAGUGUGGCAGGCAGUGUUGAUCAGCUGGACUUUGUCUCAGCAGUGUUGCCCUUGGGGCAGGUACCCAGGUCCCCCAUCCCAAGAGUUGCAGUGGCACUGAGCCGGGGUCCUAUCGCCUGGCAGACAGACCCUUGCAUAAGUGCAGCACCCUUUUGUGUGUGUGUGGAAGGUUUUUUAAAUGCUGAAAGAAGAAUAGAGCACCUGCACUGUAUUCUAAACCUUUCUAGAAUGACUCAGCCUGCGGUUCUGAAUGGGAUAAUUGCUUUGAAAAAAAUCAAGCCUUUUUACAUUGUGAUUGGCAAAAGAGAAGCUGAGAUAUGUUUGCUUUAAGACCAGUAGUGCACACCCAUUCCAAAUAUGGACACUUUCCUUAGUUUGCGGAUAAUUCAGUAUUCAUUGUCAUUCUGGGUUUCCUGAGUAAUUAAACAAGUGGCUCUCAUCCAGAGGUUUCAGGAUGCUGCCACCCCCUUCCUCUGGGAGUUGUGGGCUCCUUGAUCCUCUCUACCCAAUCCUACCAUUUAAUUGAUGUGUGGUUCUGUGGGGAGAAGGACCAAUCAGCAUCUUCCUUUUUUACAGACUCACCCCCCUUUGGUUUCCCUUACUCAGAGACCUACAGAAAACAGUCUCAUUCUCCACCAUUUAAUGGAUGAAAGUUACCUUUGCCAGCCAGGCUACGUUUGUGUAGUUUGUAUUAUUUUUAUAUUAGUUUAACUGCCAUAACAUGUCUGCAACCAGAGAAUCGCAGGUUUUGUGUAGAAAUGUCAGUUUGGUGAGGUGCUGAGAAUUUUGUUAAACCUCAUAGGACUACCAUCCCCCAAGGGUUGAGUUUGUUGUGCUGCUGAGUUUGUUGUGUGGCUGUGCCCUUAUUUAAAUUUGGAGAUGUUCAAGCUGAUUUGCAUAUUUUCUGGGCAUGGCUGAGGCUUUACCUUCUCAGGCAGACACUUUCAACCCAUUUUGUUUGAGGCAAGUCCAACGGGGUGUGCCAUCUGGGCUGCUGCCUGCUGCCUCCCGCUGCAGUGCCUGAUGGUUGUCUCCCCACUGCGGAAGUUCAUCUGCAGCACAAAUGAUAAAUAAACUGUAAAGUGGCUAGAACCUUUAUUGGUACAGUUACCUGGCUCAAUCUGAGAUCACCAGGAUCAGCAGAGGCGUAUUUGCCUAGGGACAUGGGGUACCCCAUGCCCCCGGGUGCAUCCAUUGCGGUCACUUGGGGGGCGCCAAAACGUUCCCCCACACAGACUGAUUCAGCGAGCCCCAGGAAGCCAGGCACUGAGGCAGCUGACUGCUGCCAGUGCCUGUCGUAGCCCUGCCCACUGUGUAUGGUGGCCUGGAGUGCCCAGGGGUGGGGGAGAAAUCCCACUGUGCUCCUAGGAGCAGGACUGGGGAGCUCCGCCUCCGCCUCCCCCUCCCUCUGACCCGGCCGGUGUGCCUUAUUCUUCCUCACAUGCCAUUACUCACAAGUCACAAGCCUUCUCCCUGGCAGAAGGGCGCCGGCCGGCACAGGAGAAGGGAAGCCAAGCCAGGAGCCCAGCAGCAACAGGUCCAGCACCGCUGUGUUGGCCCAUCCCUGGUGAUCCUCCGGCUGUCUCUGAGAAGAGAGAGUUACAGGUGGCAGGAAAAAGGAGGAAGGCUAGGAAACUGGGGGGGGGGAUGGAACAAGAGAAGUGUGCCCCCUGCCUUUCCUAGGGUCUUCUGGGAGCUCAGUUGGGUUCCCUUUGGGAGAGAAAGAAGAGAAGGGGCUACAGGCUCCCCCCUUACCAUGAUCCAGGCAUGCCUUUCCCAACCACCCCUUAACAGACAGCAAUACAUGAAAUGGGGGGGGGGGGCAGAGAUGCUUGCUUUCUAAGUAAAAGUGAUGCAGAACUUUUCUCUUUGUCAACUUCUAAUGUAGAAGGGGAGUUAAAGUGGAUGAUCUAUUUCCUGUUCCCCUUCCCCACUAUGAAUGCCUGCUGUCCUUGGCUGUUGAUUUUGCAGGGAAUGACAUAGGGGGAGGGACUUUUUGAGACUGUGGUGUUAUGGUAUCUGGGGUGUCUGGGGGGAUUAGAUCACUGGCUUGAAGCCCCCUUGCCUUUACAUAUGACUCAUAAAGGGAUCGUUGGUUUGUGAAGCCCUCAGCUUCCCUAAAUGUGGGAAGAAUAGUCUUGUGUUCCCCUUUUGGGAUUGAGGCUAUCUACCCAGUCUUCUGGUUGCUUUAUCUGUCUGUCUGCAGCUCCAGUCUCUUCUCUCCCCCCCUCUUCUGAUUUAUUCAGGGUUAAAAUGGGUUCUCCAUCCCUGCUUGGUUCAGGGAUGUACCCAGCAUUUUUUGGUUGUAAACUGCAAUGGGGGCGGGGGGGGGGGGGAUAUGACAAGGGGACACUAUUUAACAACAAGCACAUUAUGGAAGCUUAACUGUUACCACCAGACUUCAUUUUUAAGGCCAGGGACUUCAUGAGGAUCUGGGUUUUCCAAGCAGGUUCCCAGGCUCCAGUGUGCCUAGAUACACCUCUGAGGAUCAGCAUUGGGAUUGGCUCACCCUGUGCAUCACCCUAUGCAUCACUUUGUUUAAACAAGUCUGAAAAACUAUAUUUCCCUCUCUGCUUACUGUUUGCCUCCUCAGAAUGGGAAUGGAUGGUGGUGCAGGAGCAGCCAGAAGUGUGCAUGGCCAGGAGUGCCAACUCUGGAAUGUACUUGUGAUUUUUAGCUAAAGAAUGCCUCUUGCUCAAGGGACAGCUUCCGUCAUAUUUCCAGGAGGCAACUGUGAAGGCAGCUAACCUGCCUCAUGGGCUUUAACCACACACAAAAAAAUUCCAUUUCAGCCUCUAGGGCUGCCUUUCCUUGAUGGCUGUCCUGAAAGAUGUUCUGCUUCAGGAAAGCAUGGUUCUAAAAAGACCCUUUUCCUACUCCCAGCUACCCUGAGUCAUCAGUCAUUCUGGAUCAUUUGGUGUCACAAAGCCUCUGAUCAACUGUGAUGAGGUGCUAGUAAAAUCCUGCUGCAAACCAAGUUGAAGUCCUAUGCAGGAUACAGUGUCCAGCGCUUUCCAAGAAUGUAUCUGGCUGACACUGGUAAGAGACCUCUGUGCAUGUUCAGGAUGGCUGCCCAGAAGCUUAAGUGUGUGUUUUUGCAUCAGCGUUAGGUUUGGCAUAGGCAGCUAAAGCUCCAGCCAGAAUUUUUUGCUCACUGUUCAAGAAUGCAAAGUGGGUGACAUUGACACAUUAAUAUCUCAGCAGUUGCUCUUGACUUGCAAGCCAGGCUUGGACUGAGUGUGCAGAACUAGGGAAGGUUUGCCUCAACGGACAGUGUUUGGUAUGAGGGAAAAGGACAGUUUCCCUGCACCGCUGCAUUUGGGCACCAGGGUGAGGUGUGUGUUUCUGUGGAGGGAGAGGGGUGCAGAUAAAAUCCCCGCAGCAUUUGUAACUUCAGGCAAUACAGAAAUAAGUCUUUUUCUAGCUUUAUUUUUUCACCAGCUCUUGUGCAUCUUCCAUAAUCUGUAUUGAUCUAUGUUGCAUUGAGGCAAUAGAGAUGAGAUUAAAAAACAAAACAAAA